AUGAGACCCGCAAUCGAGAUUUACAACGCAAGUUUUAACCGGCUGAAGAUUUCCAGCCGUCUUCUUGGUGCUGGUCUUUGGGAGAAAUAUGACGGUUUUAAUUGGGGACGAAUAAGGAGUGUGACGCAGAUAUUUCUGUUUCUGGCUUUACACAUUUGGACGGGAUACAAGUACCGACAUAGUGCGCUCGAGAUGCUGGAGACCCAAUCGCUCAUCUGGACCGGGGCGGCGCUUAUGAUCAAAUACUUUACGAUGAUACGGAAUGGUGAACCAGUCCGCGAGCUGACCAACAAAAUUGAAUCGGAGAUGUACAUGAAGUAUUCGGAAACGUCCAACGAAUAUCCGGUGGUGUGGAAGUAUAGUCGUGUGCUGUAUUAUGGCGGAUAUAUCAUGAUGGUGGGCUACUUUUCAUCGCUGUCUCUCAUUUUCGUCAAUCCAUUGUUCAUGUACUUUACCGAGGGUCGUAUAAUGUUGCUAUUUUUCUGUGAAAUCCCGUUCGUGGAUUGGACUGUAAUGAGAGGAUACUGGCUCACGAUUACGUUGCAGUUUGCAUUCUACUGCACCGGGGUCUGUGGGUUGAUUUUGGUCGAUUACUUGUGUGCCUAUUUCACCAUCAAUGGGUUACUUUACGUGGACAUUUUGCGCUUCCACCUGGACGAGCUGAGUGAGCUGUUGCGUGACACUAGCUAUCAAAUGCGAAAAGAAACGGAUGUAAUCGAGAAGGUUAAUCGUAAAUGGAGACAUUCUCUGGCAGAACAUCAGCAGAUUGUGGAAUAUUUUGAUAAAUUUUCCGACUUGUGGAGUAUGAUCAACCUAGCUCAAGUGGGCUGCAGUGUGUUCGGAAUUUGCGCCAAUAUGCUGAUAAUUUUUCUCACCGAUUGGUACGCAGCGUAUCCCAUAAUCUUUGCCCUGUUCAUUGAUCUCACGGUUCAUUUUGUGUUGGGAGCUGUCAUUGAGCGAAAGGUCGACGAUCUGCACAUCAGUUUGAUUUAUUUUCCUUGGUAUUUACUUGACGAUCGACGGCAGAAGGAAUACAAGCUGCUUUUGCUACGAGCGCAACAGCCAUCCGGUAUGUCGAUCGCUGGACUUACACCGGUAAAUUACGAAACCUACACACAGAUUAUGAAAAUGCUAUAUCAGGUGUUUGCACUCGCAAUGAAUGUUUUGAAGUAG